UGCACUUCGCUCUUGCCAUCUUGUCGAGUGGUUGGGUCAGAAGAGCGGCAGGCAGGAGUUAGCUACCCGUUAGCUUACUUCUCUACUGACUGUGGUAAAGUGGUUAUCUGUCAGCUAGCUGCUAGUAGCAGCUGCCAAAAGUGAGCUGUACACACGGCGAGAGGCAAAACUUCACCGACUUUGAGACGUUUUCUCUGUCUACCGCUGGACUAUAUGUUCUUUUUGGAAAGACAAUGGAUUUGUUUACAUCAUGAUGUCGCACAUGCUGGUACCGAGGUAGGGAAAACUAGCUAACAUCAGCUAACUUGGCUAGUCGGCGAGAAAUACAUUUAUAGAGAGAACAGUGGGCUGCGAGACCGGGCCCGCUUCAGACUAAAGUACCGGUGGCAGCUGCUGAACAAGAACUUUGACAGGGGCCUGUUUGCAACUCCGCUGCCGGGACACAAGGAAGGCCGACGGGGUGUCGGAGAGACCGGGGUAGCAGUCGCCGCGGAACGUUUCGGGAGUUUUGCAGGGUCUGGCCCCGGUUGUGACACUUUUCUCAGACAAGAGAGAGGAAGAGGAACGGUAUGGAAAUGUCCUGUGACGGUACGUGUCUGUGUCAUAUCCCUCAACUGUGAAUUACUUCGCAAGACAUUAGUCCAGCACUUUGUUUCAUCUGGGGAGCAGACAGACUUGACGAAGAUCGUCAACAUGUCGAAAAUGCCGGCGAAAAAGAAAAGUUGUUUCCAGAUCACGAGUGUAACGCAGGCUCAGGUGGCGGCCAGCAGCAUCACCGACGACACCGAGAGCCUGGACGAUCCGGACGAGUCCCGGACAGAGGACGUGUCCUCGGAAAUAUUUGACGUUUCUCGGGCAGACCUCGGGGUGUGUGAGAGGAGUUCAUCUGAAGAAACUUUAAACAACGUAACGUUGGGGGAGCCUCCGGAGGGCCAACCGCCCUCCACAGGUCCCGUCAACGGGGGGCUCUCAUAUAAAAGUAUAGGCACUGGUCGUGUCACCCCACAUAAUUUAGGAGGAAGUGUGCCUGUGCCAGCUACCACUCAGCCCUUUGUUCCGAGCCCAGCCACCCAUCCGCCAGUCAUCAAUACAAUCCCUGCUGCAAGUGUGGCUCACACAGCUCCUGUGAACACCAGCUGUAGUUCCCGUUUCAGGGUCAUUAAACUUGACCAUGGUACUGGAGAGCCCUUCAGACGGGGCAGGUGGACAUGCACUGAGUUCUAUGAGAGAGAUUCAGAUUCAAAUGUUAAUCGGACUGUGGAUAGCAUAAAACCAGCGGUAACCCUUGAUCACAGUAUAGACCGGGACAGUGGGCUAGGACCCACCUGUAACUCUGUGGUUACUAGCAGUGCUUUUUCUGCACACGCUUCGGAGAACCCCACAGACAGUGGCUACUCCAUUGCGCACCCCAACCACCCACACCCUUCAGAGCCUCUGCAACAAGGCUACAGCUUGUCUCCUCAGAUAGGGAGCGGAGCAAGUGCCUUCCACCCCACAGGGUAUACAACUACAGCAUCACAACAGGCUCAGGUCAAUAUGCAGACGGUUGCACCCCAGACCUUCCUCUCUAACAGCCUCAAUGGUGUGCAUCAUGGUGCCAUGCAUCAGAAGUCUCCCAUUAUGCCUCCUGCCAUGCAGGCCCAACAGUUUGCCUAUUCUUCUCAUCCUACUGGCCUCUCAGCUGGCCAGCUGGACUAUCGCCAGCAGCACUUUGUCUCAAGCACUCAAAAUCUUCCCAUGUCGGCCCUCUCUGUGGGGCCUCUGACCAGCCAGUUACCAUCUCCUCUAAUCACCCCUGCUGGUCCAGGAGCCCAAGGGCUUGGUGGAGAGGCAACCUCAGCCCAGGGCCUUCUGCUGCAAGUGGGCAAUACAUUAGCCAUGGCACCCAUCCUUCCAGGAAGUGGCCAACAGCAGCAUGUCAGCCAUACUCAGCCUUCAGGAGGGUUAGGCAUUGCCCUUGCACCUUCUGUCCCUACCACCACCUCCCACAACAGUGUCCAGAACGCACCUGCCACAGUGCCCAGUUCCACCAAUAACAACCCCCCAGGAGCGCCAAGUCAGGCACCCAGCACAGGAGGACUUGUCAAGCAGCACCAAGGAGCCCACGGAGGAGCAACAACAGGCUUUCCCUCGAUCUUCAGUAUCCAUGCAGAAGAUGGCAGGCAGAAGUCUGAUGCCCUACCUCAGCGCCAUGCCAUUGUGGUGCCAGGGAAAGAUGGUGUUAUCCCUUUCAUCCGUGAGGGCUUCAACCUGCCAACUCCAGCUGUCAACAGCCUGUUUGGCAUCCAUAUUACCAUGGAUGUGGAUGAGGACAGGAACCCGUCCACUGCUUUCUACCAGGCUUUCCGGCCUAGCAGAUUACGAGGGUCAAAGCCUGUCAACGAUAGUGCAUCCGGUGCCAGCGUCGUAGCCAUCGAUAACAAGAUUGAACAAGCAAUGGACUUGGUAAAGAGCCACCUGAUGUACGCUGUUCGCGAGGAGGUGGAGGUGUUGAAGGAGCAGAUCAAGGAGCUGUACGAAAGGAACUCUAUGUUGGAGCGAGAGAACGCCGUGCUGAAGUCCCUAGCCAACACGGAUCAGCUCGGCCAGCUGUCCAGUCAGCUCAACCAGGGCAGUAGCACGUCGCCCCCGCUGCAACAGCAACACCCACUCAUCACAAACAACAACAACAACAACACCCCCUUGGCUCACCACGAGGGGAAUCAGAGCAUCCCUCAUCAGCCCAACAUCACCUCGGCGUGAUCCCACUUCCCCCAGUACACACGCUCAAACACACACCUCCCAUGGACAGGAGUGGAAGGACCUGUUAGUAAAGACAACAACUGCUACCGUCCCCUUAGCUUCAUAAAAGCAAAAGGCUCGACUCUGUGUUUAAUAUGCUCCAUUUGAGUAAAAAUCAACAGCGACAUCUUUGUUUGCCACCAAGAGCCAUGCGUCAAUGUGUGCACGUUGCCGUCACCGGGCUUUGCAUUAUUAAGACAUUUACCACCCCUUUGAAAAGUCUUAUUCUGUCCCUGUGGGUGGCUGCACGUAAGCUGAAAAAGAAGGAGGGUCAGGGGAGGCGGUGCACAACAUAAAACUGCAUGCUGUUCUUGCGCAGGAGGACAGGGUCAAAGGGGCACAGAGAGCUUGAUUUGUUGGGACAACGAGUGACGGAAGAGGACGGUGCUGCAACCCUGUGAGGGCCCAGUGAGGUGACGAGGGUCCUGUGACCUCCAGCAGGGACUGUCCUCCAAGUAUUCCCAACCCCACAUCACUCCAGGGCUGGAAGAGGCAAGAGAGCCGAGGGAGAAGUGGGGGAGAGGAUCCGUCCUCUCUGAGCGGAGGAGGAAGCCGUCGAGUGCCUCGGCUUGAGUGGAGCGAGUCGAGAGCCUCGGCUUGUUAUAUGCUGCAACAGAAGCUUGUGUUGUUUUCUCAGAGCCACCGUACUUUGACAUGAAUCAUAAUACUUUUUUCAUUAGUUCAGUUUUAGUAUUUGCAUUUAUUUAUUUCAGCGCUGCUAUUUUCAUAAUGUAAAUGAACAAUGUCGUGGAGAUACUUAUUAACAAAAAAGAAAACCUUUCUCCUUGGUCUUUUGGUAUUUUAGAAUCUGUCAGGUAUUGCAUUUGGUAGUCUCUUGCAACAAGUAGAUCUCAAUAAGUAGGCAAUAAGUUCCAUAAUAGAACAUUUUCUUCUCAUGAAAUAGUGCUAACACUAAAGCCGAGCUUACAUUAGGUGAAAUCCAGGUUGAAUGUAUAUUUUGUAAAGUAUAAAGUAUUAAGAGCAAGGAGGGUUUGUACAGGAGAACACCUGUUGUUAAGAUGUGAUGGGAUGUUUCGAUAAAGAAAACUAUUAAUUUACUUGUUUCUAGACUUUGUCAAAACAAAAAUGAAUUUGGGGGUUUGGUCGGGGGUUAAAAGCUGUGAAAUUUGUUCGACCUACUUUAUAACCAAAGACGCAAAGCUGUGUACGUUUUUUUUUCUUUUUUCUCCAUUUUUAAAUGCACACUUUUCCCCUACUCUCCUUCCCUAUAUUUGUUUUGUUGCCGUUUUGCAUGUUCUGCAUGAUCUAUAAUCAAACCACUUUCUUACCUCAUGUUUUUAUCCAGCACUCUUAUUUUAUGUCAAGUUGUCAGUCUGUCAGUCUGUGAAUGAUUGUGAAAGGACUUAUGAAAGAGAAGGGGAACAAUUGGCAGAGAGGUUGGAGUAAGUAGUUAUAUAGUGGGAAGAAAUAAAAAAAGGAUGUCAAGGUGUUUGUCGGAGGGGAGAGAAGGGCCUCGUGCACAAAACAUUAGUCAGAAAAGGAGCCAUCUUUUUUGUUUUCAUGUAACUGCUGUGUUGAAUUUCAUAUGCAGAGAAAAGGUUUUGUUACAUUGCAGAUUUUUAUGUAUUUAAUGAAUGCAGCAUUUAGAUUUCGAUUGUAGUGUACCAACACUUUGCUUACAAAGAUAAAAAUGAACAAUAUCUGCAAAAAAAAAACUAAAAACAAUGGAAACUAUUAAACAUUUCACACUUUAAAGCUGGAACGCAGUCGAUUGUGUGUGAGCAUAUUAUGGGAUGUCCUGUACGUGUCACGUCUUUUGUGCCUCCUGUGCCGUCGCCUGCUGUCGUCAGGCGAUACGGUUUCUUUCUCUGUGGCUUAGAACCAAACCAAAAUGCUUGGUAAUUGUACAAUCAGUCAUCUUUCUACAGGAUGUGCUCUUUGAUUUGAUUUUCUUUUUUUUUUGCAAACAGGCUUAUUUCUUCUCUCUUUGGAGUAUUUUUUUUUGUCUUUAAUUUGAAGGAGACGCAGUGUACAUGCCAAGUGUACUGUAUGAAAGUGAUCACUGAGCCUUGGAGAAAAUAUCUUAACAAUGCCCUUGUAAUGUGCUGUUCAGACAAUUUUAGUUUUCAGUCAAAAAUAAAUUACUGUUUUAUUAAGAGAA